GCUUGCUGCCACCAACGAUAUCCGAGAUGGCAUGACAUAUUUGUCCCCUGGAUCCAACCACUACAUGAAUGUGUAUGGCGAUGCCAGCUGGGAGAUUGCUGGCAGAGAAAGUCACACGGACUUCACAGAGACACUUUGCGAAGCGGAUGCUGAACUUCCUGCGAUAGUGGGGGCUCGCGGCUUUUCCAGCCACUUGAUUCACUUCGAUACCCUGCAUGUGCUGUACCGUGGAGUUGGCCCAGACUUCGUCGCGUCCACACUGGUACUUGUUUUCGGCCAGAAGUUGCUCCCUGAGGCGCACGAACUUGCGCGGUCCUGGUGUCGUGCACAAGGUGCAUCCUUGUCGGUGGACGACUUCACGUUUUCAUACGAAGGACGCUUUCCGAGUUUGAACGCGAAGGGCUGGGACGUGCGGCUUCUGCUGCUAUGGUUAGCUGAAGUGGUGCCGGGUCGCACUCAAGGAUGGGCAGAUGGUGAGUACGCAGAGGUUAUUAACAUGACAGUGCGUGCUGUGGCGAAAAGCAUUCGCCUGAUGGAUGAGGCGGAAUACGUGGUCCCACCAGAGAAAAUCGCAAAGGCCGAAAAGUAUGCUCGCCACUUCCUCCUUGGAUAUAUGUGGCUUGCAUUUGCUGCCUCGACUGCUGGCCAGAAAUUGUUCAAAAUCCGGCCAAA